AUGACAUUGUUAAUGUAAAAAUGUAAUUUUAAACUUGGUUUAACUCAACGGUGGAAUCGGUCCUUAUUCCUUAGACUAGGUAAUAAUGAGAGGACUCAUAACGCCAUUGAAAAUCUUGUUCCAUUCUGACACCAACGAUAUUCGACCAAAGGCGUAACAUACACAAGCGUUGCAGAAAUAAUCGAACUCACCUAAAGCGAUAAAUAUGACAUUCGACAUUUUAUAUUUGGCAGAUGAAGUGAAGUGUCAGGUGUCAGUGUCCAUUAAUGUUGAUAAAAGAAAAAUAAACAAAUCAUCUACAAAUUAGUUGAUUAUAAGAUUACAAUUAGUAAAUAAUUAUUGUGAUGAUAAACUGAGAAAUACAAUUAAGGAAUAUUGUUAAAGUACUGUUUUGCACAUUAUAGGAGAGAGAAAACAAAAUGAUCGACAGAUAAUCGCUAUAUUUGAUAAAAUGACGGGUCAUGCAGUAGUUGUGUGGGAAUAUGAAAUUAGGUCAGGCUAUUGGAAGCCCUACAGCCCAGCCGUUAGCCAACAUUUGGAAAGAGCAAAAGCAAAACAGUUGACCCGUGUGAUACUUUCUGAUGCUGACCCAACUCUUUCGAACUAUUUUAUUAAUUUGAGAACUUUGACCCAAGAACUAGAAGAGUCAGAUGUUAUUGUACCAGUUAGAAGAAAAUGUUAUUCUCCAUCAUCGCCAGCUGGGAAGGGAGCUAGAUGGGAGUGUUCUGGGGCUGAACAUAGUCAAGAAUGGCACCCAUUUGAUAUGGAUAUUCAGUGUUUAAUUGAAGAAGCUUGGGCGAAUGGUGAUCAAAUGUUAGAUAUGAGUAAAACUCAUUUGGGAUUCCCCUAUUUAAUAAAUUUUAGUAAUUUAACUCAAAGGUGGUUGACCAAUGGUUAUGUACGUAAUGUAAGAAGGAUCAAGCAAGCUCCCUAUCCACUAGUUAAAGUGAAACUAGAAGAAUUGGCCCCAAUUACAGGGCGUAGAUGUUCUAAUGGGCGUAACUCCUGUAGAACCUCAAAUAAUUCAAAUGGCCAACAAGGUCAUGGUACCAAAGUAAUAGGAAGUAGUGCAAUUUUAAAUCAAACCGAUGCUAGUAAAAAGAACAGCAAUAAAAAGAAAACCAGUGGAAAAUCCAAAUCGACAAAUGACUCUACACCUGCCAAUCUUGCCAGACAGAUUUUAAAUAAUUUGAAUAUUUUUGGUCAUAAGUCAAAUUCUGUGACACUAUUUCAAAACAAUGAAAAUAAAACUUUGUUAGAUGCUGAUAGCAGCAGCACUAAAUCUGGAAGAAGGCCUAGUUUAGACACAGUUUCUACGUAUUUAAGUCAGGAGAGCAGAGAAAGUCAAGCAACUGCUUCUACAGCUGACUUGAUCAAUUGUAAUGCUAGUGAUGAUGGAGCUAUAGAAGAUUUACCCUCAAUAAUUGGUUUAGAUCCAGCUAGUGCCAGUAUAUCUCGUUUCGUGAGAAUUUCGAAGCCCAGCGAAUGGGCCCCGAGGCAGCCGUGUCCAGUUUGUCGCCAACUUCUUAAACCUGAAAACGUAGUGAUAGCGCUUCCUUGUACACACGUCUUGCAUCUGGACUGUCUUAAUUACGCUUUAACGGAACAACAAGAGACCGGUUCACACUUGCACAUUCAGUGUGCCGUUUGUGGAUGUGUGUAUGGAGAGAAACACGGAAACCAACCACCAGGAACCAUGGAGUGGAGGAGAAUUGAUAGAAGUUUACCGGGACAUCCCGGUUGUAGGACCAUUCAGAUAAUAUACAACAUUCAGUCGGGGAUUCAAAGAGCUGAUCAUCCGAACCCGGGUAGGGAAUAUUACGCCGUAGGUUUUCCCAGAAAUGCCUACCUACCUGAUAAUCCGAAAGGUAGGAAAAUUUUGCGGUUGCUUCAUUCGGCGUGGCAGAGAAAACUCAUCUUUACAGUAAGCAAAUCUCACACGACCGGUUGCGAGGACGUCGUUUCGUGGAAUAUUCCUCAUAAGACUGAAAUCGGGCCUAGUAUGAACACGUACAGUUACCCUGAUCCCGCUUAUUUGAAUAAUGUAGUUAGGGAGCUGGAGGCUGUAGGUAUCGUAGAAGAACAUAUAACCAAAAAUAGUUGCUGUAUUGGAUAAAUUUAACUUUUCAACUAUUCCAAUUUGUUACCUACCAAGUCCUGAUAUUUCAUUCAAGUCUCUAGAGUAUUAUUUCAAGAGAUUAUUAAAUUUGUGCAAUUACUACAAUUGAAAUUACAUUUUCGGUCGUUUGUGGCAAUUUUUUUUAUUUUGUGAUAUCUAUAUUAUAUAUUUUUUUAAACUUACAUAAAAUUUUAAUUUUUAUGAAUCAGAUCUUUUAUUGUUUAAGUUUUUUUGACUCUAUGACAUGAGGAACUUUCUGAUGUAUCGAAGCUCAUUAGAAAAAAUAUUUAAUACCAGAAAAUGCCUUGUUUAUGAUUUAGAUGUGCAAUGCAGGUAAAGUUUCUAUAUAUUAAAUGAAUUUCCGAUGAAAAAAAAAAAUGUUUAUUGCAUCCAAAGAUUAGUUUAUUCAUCAGAUUAUAUACAGGGUGAAACAGUGAAACCAAAACACUCAAUGUUUUAUAUUUUUGGUUGGCUAACCCUGUAUAUAUUAAAAAUCGUCGCAAAUCAUUAAUAUUUUUAAUACGCUUCUUAUAAAAGUUUUAAUACUUUCUUUAGAAAAUUCCUAGUAAUACAUUCAUUUCUAAGUAUUAUUACUGUAUUCUGAAACACAAAUGAUUUAUUUUUUAUUUAAGGAUACUUGUUAAGUACAAACUAUUUUAAGAAUAAGUAUAUUGUAUUUCAAUAAUAAAAGUAAAAUAAUUAUUAAUCUUUUUUAUUUAUCCCGUAUUUUUUACUUCUUAGUUAAAAAAAUUCAUGUACUUAAAAAAUGGCGGUCGAAGAUUGAUUGGAAACUACGCAGAGAUGUCAGCAUAAAUAUUAUAAUUAUUGUACAUGCCAGAAUAUGAAGUUGUACAUAUCUUCAAAGACAAUAUUUAAGUUCUUUACUUAGUCCACUUACAAUACUGAAAUCCUCUACAGAAAGCUUCCGACCCACGUUGGGCGCCAUUUUUUGCCUUCGUCGCAUAGUGGGCAAUAUCACACAAUUAGUGUCCAAAAAUUAGAAAAUGCAAUUACUUUAUAUUCCAAAUUUUUCAUUAUUUAUUUAGUCUCUGAUAACCAGCGCACUUAUUGAAAUUCAAAAUAAUGUGACCAGUUUACUAUUAUCCAAGAUAAAGUUCUUUAAAUUCGGAUACAUAUAACUUGUCAGUACUUGAAUACUAUUUAGUUGCGAAUAUGCCGUGUAUUUGAAACAAUCUCUCUCGAAGUGUGAGUGGCGCCUGUAAGUUUUCUUUAGAAUGUGCAACUUUGUGGUAAAUACUCACUAAAAUAUUUUUGUUCAGUUUUUCUGAAAAACCUGACAUGGUAAAAAAAAUUGUAAUUUUGCUAUAUGCGAAAUAUUGCAUUUAUCUUUGUUUUUAAUACUAUGCUGGGUCUUUUAGUACUUAAAUCCGCAUGACCCGGUGAUGAUUUUUGUAUUAUCGUAUUGUUAGGUGUAUUUUCUGGUAUUUACGAAAAAAUUAGCUGCGAAGGUCUGCGAACUCAAUCUUACCGAUUUUUUUAGAUACGAUAACGCGUAGGGAGCUACUUGAAGUAUGGCGUAAUGAAAAUCGGGCUGCUGAUCGAAGCUCGGCCGUUUUAAAUUAUGUCUGAGAAAAUUGGACGACACUUAUGAAAAUGAUGAAAAAUAAAAGAACGUUAAAAAAACUGUUCAAAAUCUAUGUAGCAAGUUCGCGGAAAAAUGGACAAGUUUUAGUGGCAAUAGAGACGAAAUGGCUCAACGCUACCGUCAAGCUUCGAAUACAAAAAGAGGCAGCUCUACCAGCAGAAGCAGUUGCUGGUCCAUCAGGAGUUGGGCGACCUAAAAAGAGCUUUGUAGAUUCGAGUGAACAUUCAAAGCUUUCUAAAGUGUCGCCACUCAUACAGCAAAAUACUGAGGAAGAAUUAAUUCUCGCUGCUGUGUUGCCUAUUGGCAUGCUAUCAGAAGAAGCAAUGGAAUGUAGAAAUAAAGAUUUUCGAAACUACAGAGAAUUUUACACCCGAAAAAUGUCCCGCAAAGUACCAUGCAUGACUUAUUUAAUACCUUGCCUUAUUCCUCAAAUCCCGUAUUUAUUCUAUUUCCAGAACAACGUCAAUUCAGCAGCGCAGAUCGGAGACUCCGAAUGUAGAAAUUAGGAAGUUGCUUUGUGAUCCCAAGUUACUAGAGCCACAUCAUUCUGAUACGUCCUGCAUCAAGCUCUGAUAGCGAAAGCUAAACCUACUCGAGGUCGUAUGACAUUUUGGUACUCUUUUAUGUUGCUAACUGUAUUUUUUUAAUUCAUAUUUUAUUAUUCUGUUUACCUGUAGUUUUUGGAAUCCGAAUAAACUCUAUUUUCCUUUCGUUUUUGUACCUAGUUUAAGUUGUAGAUAAAAAGGCUUUUUUUACAUUAUAUUUAAAUCUUCAGUAGUAUAUUUUUUGUAUUUUAGUAUCAACACAAAAAAUGUAUAAUAUAAUGCUUUAGAGUGAUAAAUAAAUUAACACAUAAUUUUCGGACGCUAGAUCGGUCAUAUCACCCACUGUGGUCGGUAAAAACUGGACUUUGUUCUUGGAUUUAAGGUGAAUAAAUUUUAAAUCCUUUAUAAUAAAUAUUUUUUUAUAACAUUUACUAAGAAUUACAACAUGUUGCACAUUUUAAAUUCAAAUAAAAUACAAUUUUUAGGAUUAAUUAUUCUAAACGGCAAGUCAAAUGUAGCAUCUGAGAUUAUAGUUGAAAUUUACGAUUAAAAACACUUUGAUUGAAUGGCCGUAGCAAUGAAAGUAGUUAGAUGAUAUAAACAGUUUGUUAGUAAGAUGAUUUAAGUCUUGUAGGUUGAUUAUUUUUUUCAGUAAAGUUAAAUUAAGAAAAAAGUAUACAGUCCAUCACAAUGUUCCUCUAGCAGCCUUUUUCCUAUUUUUUGGCGGAAAAAAUAUCUAUUUCGCUUUUUAAGUUAAGUUGCUACCUUUGACUGGCGCCCACAUAAAAAGAUUAAUUUAUGUAUCAUAUGAGAUUAUUGUAUAUAUACCUUUUUUUUAUCUUUUAAAGUUAAUUUACUUAUAUGGUAACAUCCAAAUUAGACAAAUUAUUACAAUAUUAAAAAGCUACUAGCAAUUUACCAAUGAUCAUCUCUAUAAGACUUAUUCAAAAACUCAUAAGGCACAUAGAAGAAUAGAGACCAAUUCUACACAUAGUAAUGCUAGAAUAACAAAAAAUAUGCAUUAUAUUAUUUGCUGCAACUACUUUUUAACCCUAACAAUAUUCUCAUAUGUUACAUAUAGUGUUCUUUUUCUUACAUACAAAUGAAAUUUUAUUUUGAGAAUUAUUAAUUAGCGAUAUAUAAAUGGUCUAUUUUAUUCUAAUAAAACAGUUACCCUAGAGUGUAUGAAAAAUAUUCACCAAUAUAAAUACUAUAAAAUUGGCAUGCAAGAGCAACUUUUGAUAAUCGAUAUGUUCAUUAACAACGAAAUGUUUUAAUGAAUAUUUUCCAUACAAACGUUCGUCAGUUCUUAACUAUUCGUUUAAAUGUCCUGUAUAUACAAGGUGGCCAAUUAGUUCGAAGAAGUCCCACACCUAACUAUAUGAAAUAUUCACCAUUUAUGUCCAAAGUCUAUAAUCUGGUCCUCGAGUGUAAAGUUUACUUUAUUUUUUAAUGAUGACGAUGAUUUAG